GGAGGAACGGAAUCGCUCAGGAUCUUCGCUCGAGCAUGCGCAGAAGAGGGAGAGAGCAUGCGUGCUUGGGAAAGGAGGAAGCUGAGGUAGUCCUUCACGCCGCAGAAGCAGCAUGCAGGCAGCGUUGGAAGUGACUGCACGGCAUUGCCGCAAAGAAGCAGAGCAGUAUGGCCAAUGCGUUGCUGCCAACCCUUCCUCUUGGCAUCAGGACUGUCACCAGCUCAAACUUGACAUGGCCAAGUGCACAUCUUCCCACCCGAUCGUGCAGAAGAUUCGCCACGAUUGUGCUGAACCGUUCAUUGCAUUUGAACAGUGCCUUAAGCUAAACCAGGCUUCUGUGGCCAACUGCAGUGAACACGUCCAGCAGUUCCUGCUCUGUGCGGACAAGGUGAAGCUCGCCAUGUAAGGCUGCAGUUCAUAGGGCAGAGAAACGCAAAAUGGGUGUCCCAGGAAUCUGACCUUUGGCCAUGCUGGCUGGGCUUACAGUAGUUGUCUGAAACAUCUGGAGGGUACCAGGUUCCCUGCUGAAAGUAUCACGGUGUCAGACUCUGGAACUGUUCCAAAGCAGUGAUCUUGUCAGUGUUGGCCGAGUUGUUUUCUGGAAUGCCAGCGCAAUUAAAGACCCCUGGAAGCACUACAUAUGAACUCAAGGUCUUAUUGGGACACAGAAGUUCUUACCCUGCCCUGGAUACCAUUUGCCCAGCUGUGGCUGCUACUGUCUUGUCAGCUUGGCACAUUGAAGGACAGCGUUUGAUCGACAAGCCAUGGAAGUUUGCAUUGGUGUAACAGUAGCAGCUUGACUUGUUAUCUGUGAAGCCGGAACUCCUUCUUGGAGUCUGCUGUAUACAUUUUGCUGGGCCUGGAGCUUACUAGACAUGGUGCAAUAAACUGCAGUCAGAGACCAAAGUAACAUUUUCUGGCUUUUCAGUUUUAGUGGCCCCAGCAUUUGCACCUGUAGAAUCAUGUCUCAGCUGUAUUACAGUUUCUUGGGCAGACAUGGAAUGGAAUCUAAUGUUCUGCUCUUGGAACUUCUCUGCAAAAUCUGUGAAGCUUUGGCAUUUCAACCCCAUGCUUAAAUUAGCAUUUUUCCUUGAACAUGGGAAUAAAAUGAGAGACACAGCAAUUAUCUGUGGGUAACCCACUUAUAGCCAAUAGAGGGCACUGUCGUAACAUGCACAGCCUUCUCAGUCACAUCACUGUUUCUUGACUGCAUUGCAAAACAUAAAAAUGGCAUCACAUAUACAAAGUUACACCCAUGUCUCCUCAUAUUAGUCAGUCCAGAGUAAUUGACACCCUCUGGAUGGAUUAGAAUCCACACUGGAUCUAUAACCAUCCCUUAACAAGAGGAAGCAAUCCACCCUUUGGGGGCUUUUUAAUCAUAGUUUUCUUCAGGCAGAGCUAGUAAACCCAUGUCUGGACUGUACCAGUGAAGAGUGUGGAUGUAUACAGAGCUGGUGUGUCAACAUCACCACAUGAGCCCUUACCUGAAGUGAACCCCUGGUGUGGUACAGGCCACAAGCAGGCCACCAUUUCUGUCGACCCCUCCCAUUUAUUUAUUUUUAAAUACAGAAAAAAGACAUUAAUACAGGCACAUCACAACAUCAAUAAUAUAAUGUACAAAAGCCCAACUAAUAAAUGAAAAAUGGCCUCUUCUGUGAGGCCAAACCAUGCUUAAAGAACAUCAAGGGGUGGUUGAUCUGAGUCAAUUGAUCCUGUCUAUGAGGGAAUGUGAUUGCUUGAUGUAGGUGUGGAGGAACAAGCAGGGUUAAUUUACAGUAAUGAAAGAAUCCCCUUGCAUUAGAGCAAAGACGCAGAACCUCAGUUCUGGGGACCAAAGCUGCCCUCCAGGGUCAUGCCCCUCACCUGCCUUUCCACCUUUUCCACAAACUGAUUGAUUGGAGGUUUCCAUGCAGUUUUUCCACUUCUACUAGAAGGCUGAAAAAACUCUCCUAAGAUUUAAUUGCUGGCAGUAAGUAAAGUUUUAUGCUAAAAUAGGGUGGUGCUUUUUUUCUACCUUUUGACCAUUUGGCACCACCUCUUUUGCCAUCAGUCCUGCCAACCACCAGAAUACAGCUCUUGAAUGAUUCUCUGGAUUUGAAAGAGAUCCUGCAUCCUGCCUUAGGGUUAAUAGCCCAGUCCACAGAAUAUUAGUUGCAACAUCCUGUUAACUUAAGGAAGCCAUAACUAGUUUGUUUUGUGCCUUUGAAUUUAAAGGGGUAUAGGUACAAAUAAUUUCUGGACAGAGGCUGUUAGUGUGUUUGAAAAGGCCAUACAGCAGUGAUCUAUGGGCUAUAAGUUGCUUAGGCUCUGGGCCAUUGUUUCACCUCUGUUUCCUCCUCUGUGUAAUGGUAUGCUCUUGUUUCCCCAGAGAGAUUGCAUGAAAGCUAAUUAUUUGAAAUGGACAGUGGGGUCCUUGGGCAGGAGUGUGAAGGGCAAUUCAUUUGUUUCAUUUUUUGCUGUGCUUGUUGAUUCCUCCCUUCGCAAUACAACUCCCUGAUUCAUGAAGUCACAACUGGUGGAGAAGAAAACUAUCCAACCAUUGCUCCACCAGGUUGUGGUUGUUGGCACCAGCCAAGCAGAACUUACAUGCCAAGCUGGCACAGAAGAGAACAAACAGUUCAUCCACUGCCUUUUAUUCCUCAUCCGGAAAAAUGUCCUCAUUUUAAACCUUACUUCUCACUCGCUAUUGAGAAUACCUAUUAAUCGGCAGUGUGGCCUUUGGUGUUGGUAAUCUCCUCGGGGGAGUUAGAAUGCUGCUCUCAAAUGGGUGAAGGACGGUGGAGGGACUGCAUUCCUUUCAUGCACACAUACAUAGUUUUGAUUGGCUUAUGUCCAGCCAGAAACAAGAUGGACAUGAAAGAGGGUGAAUGCAGGAGUUGUGCAGAGUAAAGAAACCCUUCAAGAGUUGACAUGUUGUCCAAAAAUAUAGCUUAUUGUGCAUUUGGAGUCCAUUUCAGUCUUAUCCAGAGAACAAUCCUUUUCCAGUAGUGAAGUAUUGGGUGCUUCAACCUCCAUGAAUUUCAGGUUCUUGACAAGAAGGAGGUCCCAUAUGAAGGCAUCAUGUUCUCCAGAAGAUCUGAAGUGGAAGUGCCCACAUCCUGUGUCAUCGUAUGUCUGUAGGAAAGGUGGUGGUGGGCACAGGGGUCAUGUGUGAACUCAGGGUUUGCUGCUGGUUUGAUCCCCCCACCCAGCAACCUGCUUUCUGAGGGCCCUUCCCUGUACUGGUAGGCCAUAGUGGGUUUUCCCCACUGUGCAAUCAGUCACACUGGAGUGAUCAGUGACCAGUGCUUUGUUGCUUCCAUUUUAAGUUUCCCAUGGUGCUGCUGGUGAAGUAUCAUGCCUGGAUGUUGUGAGGAAUAAUGACUUCAGUGGUGGUGAUUGCAUUUGUGUCCUGCUUAUGGACUUCCCACAGGCAGCUGUUCGGUUGCUGAAUGACUGGACUGAAUGACCCUGGGGUCUAUCCAGCAGGAUUUCAUGUUGGCUGCUGGGAAGGUCCUUUCAGUCUUCACUGGAUGAGUAACAAACCUGUGGCCUUGUGUCACACUUUCUUCCCUUUAAUCCAUUUUUCCCUUUCUCUUUCUGUCUCUUUGGAAGAGAAAGGGAAAAAUCAUCGAUUCCAUAUGUCACAUAUAGGAAGGGGAUGUCCUUAAUGCCUAUGAUAACUGCUGCCAGUCACCCCUUUUAACAAGUCAUCCGCAGACUAGUUGUGUGAUCUAGCACUGGAAAGGGGGCAUGUAGCCUCUAAUGACCAAAUAAUGAAAUGUGAUUCAAAAAAAAAGAGGAGCAAGAGGGAAGAAAGAUGAUGAAACCAAAUUACUCUGCUUUCACUGCUCAGGCUGUGAUGCUGCAAAAGGAGGCAGAUGCCAGAAUCCUACAAAACGAAUGAAUAACACAAGUGUGCAUUUAUUGGGCCAAAAAUGGUGGUGUGAGAAGCAUUGCAGGGCAUAAGCUCAUGAUUUUGCAAGAAGCGGGUUGCUACUUUGUUCAGGAUCAGCAAGAGCGGCUGCUCACUGGCACGUUUCUGUCUGGAAGUUCCUGCAUUCUUACAAGGGCUGCUGAGGUUGAACUACUGACUCACAGGCAGCUGCGUGAGGCCCCAGGAGUUGUGCCUCUGCAUCAUUUGUGACACUGGCCCAUAUCCAAAUGCUGCUGCCCAGAGAGAUUGUGUCAGUUCAACCUAGGAAAGGUAGGCAUGUCACCCUCUGGUGCAAAGGUGCAGGGUAGCCUUCUUGGUCCUAUGCGGCUGAGUUUAGCCUUGGACAGAAGUAGCAGCCAUGCAGAAGUUCUAUGCACACGUAGCCAGAAUGGCCUAAGUAGGCCCAAUUCAUUGGUGGGUCGGUGUUCAUGAAACAGUGGGAGCAGGCAGAAAAGAAAAUAUUCUUGUGUCGUUUGGAAACAUGACUGCCAAGGAGUCACUUUAAAAACCUGUGUUCUGGCUCCUUCAUGCAACCAGCAACUUUGGCCUGUGGAAGCUCCUGUGAUCUUUGCCUGUUGGUUUCUACAGCAACAGUUUCUGUGGCGUGAGGCAGCGUGUGCCCCGUCAGUGACAAUUGAGUUGACAACUCACAAGUGGAAGCAGUCUCAAAGCAGGCAGCAGAAAGAGGUGUGCUUUUUUUCUUACCAGUUCCCUGGUGGGCUGCCAUAUGUGGACUGAGAUUAGAUGCUUUAGGCUAGCUUGCUCUUUUUAUAACAUGCCAGGUUAAAAGGCACACCUCUUUGCAUUUUCAUAGGAUGGCUCACCCCAGUUUAAUGUUAUAGGCGAUGGCGAGCACUAGGACAGGCUCUUUCUGGAAUUUCAUCUCUGCUUGGCUUCAGGGCCAAGCAGCUGAAAGCGCAGACAGUUAAUCUUAGGCAGGUUUGGCAUUUGAUUUUUGUUGUUUAAUUUCCAAAUGUACAUGCAAAAGACAUCAGCACGACACAACAUUGGAUCACAAUAGGCAUGAACAAGUGAGGCUUUUUUUCAGCAGGCCUGAUGUCUGGAGGGCAACCUUUGAUGUGUACUUGCUGCACAGAAAGACUCUUCAAAACUCACUUUGUACCCCAAACCUAGUGCAAAUGCCCCUGGGUGGGAGGAGCGAUAUAGACCUACAGAGAAUGCACAAUUUGUCUGGACGCUCUGCACAUGCCAUGUUAGUUUUUGUGUGGCUUGGACAGGAUGAUGUCUUGGUGUAUUGUGCCAACACGGCCUUCAGCUUUAGCUACAGAGGAGGUUACAAUCUUGCACCCAGUUUUCUAUGCUCAUUUCCAUUUAAAUCAGGGGUGUUCAACCACAGGUCCAUGGCUCAGAUCCAUCCUGCUGGGAUCUGUGGGUGUCCAUCCUUCUUUCCUCAACUGCUGAUUGUCUUGAAUUGACAAGACUAUCGGCUGAUUUCCCAGUUUUCCUCAUUCUGAAAUGUCUAAAUGCCUCUCUCUCAUGCCUAGGUACUGGCUGUAAGAGCUGUCAGCUAAGGAACUUUGGUCCUGCCCUUCUGCCUUCAGCCCUGCCCAUUCUCAGUAUGUAGCCUGAGAGCUGCUCUGAAAUGCAAUGCAGCCCUCAGAGUAAGACAGGUUACUCAGAGUAAGACCCCUGAUUUAAUUCAGUGGUCCAGUCCAGUAGAAGCAGGUUGCCACCCCCACUUUAAGAAGCAUAUGAACUGAAAAGAGAACAAAGAGGUGAUGAUAGUGAUACAAUGUAAUGCUCAGUUCUGGACCAUUGGGGCUUGGCGCACACCUCGGCAAUGGCUGCCAUGAGCAGGGCUUCCCCAUUUAUAAGAUGGCCGCCAUGGUGGGUAUAAUAUUCAUGUCCCAGAAUGCAAAGUGGUGAGGCCAAAGCAAAAGCAAAGCCUUACUCAAGAACCCAAGUCCAAGGCAUAGGUGGGGUGUGACCUCCAAAACAAAAUACGUCAACUCUUCUGACUCCAAAUAAAGAUUAUGCCAGAGGACAGUGCUUUGCUUUGCAGCCUGACCAUUAGGGGAAAAAAUUUAAAACAUUCUCUAAAAAUCAAAUGAAGAUCAGGAAUGGCAGGAAGCCUGGCAGAUGCCAAGCAAAGGUGUCUGUGGACACCAUGAUGGACACCUCAACUAUAAUAUUACUAGUAAGAUCAGUAAUAUUAUUAGUAAUAUUGAUGAUCAAUAACAUGGUAAAUGCCUGAAUCUUCACACAGUGGUUUUAAAAAUUAAAAAGAGAUCAGAUUUCCUAGCAACAUUAGGAAAGGGCCAAAAUGGAUAGCAUUCAGUUGGCUGUUAAUCCUGCCUGUCUCUUCAGUGACAAGGUCAGGGUCACCAGCCACCUGAACAACAUGGCUCAGAGCCACCUUUCCCCUUCCUGGUGCUCUCCAGAUGUUCUGGACUCCAUCUCCCAGGAUUCGUGACCACUGACCAUGCUGGCUUGGGCUGGAGUCCAAAAACAUUUCAAAGGCAUCAGGUUGGGGAAAAUCUAUGAGCUCUCCCCCACACUGGUUAGAUCUCCUGGUUAAACAUGACUUUGGAUGUGUGUGGCUUAUGAACACGGGUGCAUAUAUGCAGCAUCUACAUUGAUCAAAUUGCUUUGUCUGCUUGCAUACUGAGACCAAUUUUCUAUAUCCUGGCUACCCUAACGAAACAGCGAAUAGUUACAGGUGAAACCCUUCACCCCAUUAGAUACUUUUAGGCUAUACCUAUUUACCUGGAAGUAGUGGUGUAGUGGAGUCAGGACCCUCAGGGAUGCCACACUGUACUAUUUAUAUUAGCAGGGUUAAUGAUAUCUGCUGCUCAGUCCUGAUUCCCUGUUCCCUCUAAGUUUACCUGUAAUUCUCAGAGUAGCUGGGGUGGGAACAGGAAAGGAAAUGAAUUUUGAUCAGCAGCAAUAUUUCCUGCUGCAACGAAAAGGGUUUGAGGAUGUCCUUGUCUUGAAUGGGCAAUGAAGACCCAUUUACUUUAUAAAACACCAGCUCAUAGUGGAGAUGAAAACUACUAGAACUGGUUUGUACUACUACUACUACUACUACUACUACUACUACUACUACUACUAAUCUACUAAACUACUAGAACAUGGAUCAUGGCAGCUGCCUGGAAUUUUGGACUCUCAUUUGGUGUGUGGUUAGUAAGACUGCCAUGAUGAGUGCCUUUACUUCAAAAUUUAUGACCAUUUUAGUCCCUGGGUGUAAGCCCACCUCAUUGGGUCUUAUUUCUGAGUAGAUAUACAGCACUAUAUAGGAUUGUGCUUUAAGAUGACUAGGGGAAGCAUUUAAGGAUUGAGGUUGUGUUCCACCCUGCAAUAUAGUUAUGAAUGACCUACACUAUGUGGACAGUCUAUUUGUAGAUCAGUCCAGCAGACUCACAUCAAAACAGGUUUUUCUCAGACUAGAGAAUCUUUCUACAUAAUGUCCCCCACCAUCAAAAUGUAUUAAAACAAGAGCUGAUUACUUUAUUUGAAGGAUAGUCUUCCUCCACCCACAUUUAACAGAUUGCUUUUGCAGAAGGGCACCUGCUUCCACAUCCCACCCACUCUUCAUAUAUGAUUGUCUUCUUUUCAACUCCAUUUUGGAGUGUUGAUCUGCACAUUAACAUAGAUUAUGUACACUUAGCUGCCAUUAAGGGAAUGCUGAUGUUGGUUGCCAGCUUUGAAGGAAGUGGUCCGGUUUUGGAAAAGCCAUGUCUAUAUAAAACCGGAUUGCCUCCUGGCAUAUUCCAAAUAUUUACUUUGCACCGGCACAUCACAGCCCAUCAGUGAUCAAAGGGCUUUAUCUCACUUAUUGGUUCAGGAAAGGGUAAUGCAGGACAUCAGACCUCUUUCAGCCUGUCCAAAUACUAUUUCAGAGAAGCUCUAAGGGACCAUUUUCUAGUGCUCAGCGGGAUCAAAGGCAAAAGGGGUGUGGGCCAAAAAUGCCAGCAUAUUUUAGUUUAAAGCUGUUACUGCCAGUAACUAAGCCCCAGAAGAAGAAUUUCAACCUUUUAGGAUGGGGAAAAAUUGCCCCAAAGCUGAGAAACCACCAAUCAGUUUGGAAUAAGGGAGCCCAGGAGGGCUGCAUUAUGAUCCUCGGCCUGGGGUCCCGGCUGCCAUGAACUGAUCACAGGGCAGAAGAAGUGUAUGAUCUACUGGGAGCCCAGUGUCUUUUGUGUUUUUGAUGAAAGGACCCAGAUUGUGUGCUGCAAUGGUGACAGAAGAGCUCUUAUGAAGUCACAGUGCUACAAUGACUAUAGAUGCGAUCUCUGCCAAUUAUCAAAUGGCUGAUGGAAAGUGGGGCAGAUUUCAAACAAGUGGAGGCAUUCAGGAGUGACAUGAAUUUCAAGCAUAUUCACAGGGUAAAGACAGCACUCUCAAAAGACUAUGGUUGAGUUAUGCAGCACUCAGCUCAGUCCUAACACCGAUGUCUUGAGGUGGGUACAGAAUUCUGAAUCUCCUUUUGGACAGGAAAGCAUCACCCAACUUUGAUAGCCAGCUUCCACAUGUGGUGCAGAAAUCACCCAAGACAGUCCACUGGCUUUCAGUGUUGCAGAGAGCUUGGGGUGGGAGUGAGAACUCUUGUCAGUGCUUGCUUAGGGUUGCAGCAUUGCUGAGCUGAACUGAGAGAGAUUUGUGAAAAACUAUGAAGGAUAAAGUGGGUGGAGAUCCAUGACAAAAGGCACUCAGUAGACCAAGGCCAGUCUUCAUCUAGACCAGCCUGCUCCAAUCUGGUGCUCUCCAGAUGUGUUGGGCAACUUUGGUCAUCCAAUCAAUGGCCAUGUUGGCUGGGGACGAUGACAACUCUGUUGGUUUAUUUAUGUUGAUCCUUGGCCCAAAUCAAGGCUCCUGGAGAGGCUUACAACCAAUUGAUAAAAGACAGUAGUUCCCAUCUGGGGGACAGCAGGUGAGGAGGAGACUAAUCUAGACUAGGGGUGGGAAACUUCUCCCAUGCAAAUAUUGGAUUACAGCUUUCAUUAGUCAUGUUUCUGGUGCUGAUGGACAUUGGACACCACAACAUCUGGAGAGUCCCAGGUUGCCCACUUCUGAUCAAGACCAUCUCUUAGGUGUCCUUGGGAUCUCUCAACUCUAAGACUAUCUGUAUUACAAUCAAACUAUUUUAGCAAUCUUUCCCUGCCCAUGAGAAUUGUAGAUCUAUGAUCUGGCAGUAAGCCUGAGCUGAGUUUUCUCUGCACAUUCACCAAGCUAGAGUUCUCAGAAUCUCCUUUGAGUGAGAGAACUAUGACAAUGUUAUAAAAAGCAGUAUAGCUUUCUAGUUGUAGUAGUACACUCCUACACUUAAUUUCCUUAGAGGACUUGCUUCCCCAUGACUAAUCUUUGCUCUCUUGUAUGUUGGCAAGUUCCUGAAAACCCAACUGUUAGUUUUUCCAAUACUGAAGAAAAUUAACAAGAAAAUCAAAAUUCAACUCUUAUGAAAAACAGCAUGAGAGCACUGGAAACCUUCUCCUUAACCAACAGCUAGAUUUUCCACCUCCAGUGAUGGUGUGUCAAACUAGCCUCUGUGUCCUACAGUUUUAAACACAGAAACACACUGCUAUAAGUACAGCUACACAAUGUGAAAUUAUCCAUGUACAGGACAUCAGGUGAAGGGUGAAGGAAAGGCAGUGUAGCAGUCCUCCAAGUUUUGAUGGUCGGCACCCAGGAAGAAUCAGCAUGGAAAGACUGGACAGCCUCAUUGCCUUUGCAGGGUCCAAAGAUUUUUCACCCCCAGAUAGGUCUUGCUCCUCCAGCCAUUCCCACCUUCUAAGCUCAGAGUGGUGUGCCCUGGGUGGAAAAGGAGCCAAACAUGCCCCCAUGGUCAGGAGGUGAAGUAGGAACUUUGCAUGGAGUAGAGCCGGUCAAUGGGGUUGCCCACUCGGGUUUGCAGGAGGUUGGCUUCUGCUGCUGACAGCAGGCAGUCACCCAAGUGACCGAUGGUGUCGCUGUCCAUGUCGUGGAAGACACCUUCUGAAUCUAGGACAGGGAAGCAGAGAAUGAGAGAGAAAAUGAGAAGGCAACAUACUUUCCAGUUGAAGCACUGGACUUAAUGGCCUUUUGCCCCUCUCCUUUAGAUGCCUGCGUGUAAUGCAUGCAACUAACCAGAGCACACAACAACUCUCUCCCCUGCCUCUCCAUGCUUUAACAUGGCUGCAAUAAGUUCAGGCGCAUCACUGUUUGCAGCUCUAUUUUUUUAAAAGACUAACUACUCUGAGCAUAUGCUUUUGAACUCAUUUAAAUCACAGCACUCACAUGAUUACAGGAAUAAAAUGGAGUUUGUCUCUAUAUCUGCCUCUUUGCAGGUGGUCAUCGGGAGCCCUGGACUUUGGCUGUGAAGUCCAACCCUAGCUGUACCAUUGGGUUGAAACAGCAAUCAUCCCAUCCUCUGGGGAGAGAAACAUGCCACAGAAUCAGGAGAUGUUCCUGAUUGUUGUGGAUCCUUAGGCACUGAGUAUCAGUGGGCCCUCUGACCAUCGGUGGGCCCUUGCACCAAAAAUUGGUGGCCCCAGGGAGGGAAAAGCAAUCGGCUUCUCUGUUGUCAGAGAAAGUGAUGUUGGUAGCUUCAACCAAGCCCAUAAGGAACAGAACUUUGGCUGCAAGGGAGAGAACCUAGAAGGGGAAUGCCCAGGCCCAGCUUCUUCAGUACAGCUGAUAUUUGUUCACAUUUACUUCUAGAAAACUGGAUGACAGAUAGUUUGCAGCAGCUUCCCCCAGCCUUGUGCCCUCCUCUGACUGGGUUGGAGUACAAUUCUCAUCAUCCCCAAUCCUCUGACCAAGUUGGGUGGAGAUGAUGGGUGCAGCACAUCUUGACAGCACCAAGUUCGGGAAGGCUGGAAUAUGGGUAUUUGACAUCUAUAGGAAUGGACACUGGGGAGAUGUGCUCACCAUAGGGAUGAAGAUGGUCCCCUGGCAACUGGGGUGGAGUGAGCCCUUGCCGGUACAAGUCUGUGCUGUAGCUGUUCUGAUCCAGGGGAAGCAGCUGCUGUUGGGCAAUUCUGGAGUAGGGCACCAUGAGUCCAUCUAUGCCGUGCACACUGGAGCCAUCUGUGCAGUGAUCGGCGAAGCAGAGCAAACCAAGAAGAAUAUGAAGCAUAUCAACAAAUGUUUGGGAGUUAGCAGUAAUCCUUCCUUAACAUGAAAGAAAAAAGAGCUGGAGGACUGAAACCAUCCUUCAAAAAUGCAUUUUGCCUGGUUCUUGUGGACUCUCUGAAGCAAGGGAGCAAGCCAUGAUGGAGAAAAGGUGGACAUGGUGCUGAAUGGCCCUGAAUGACUUCAUCACAGGAAGAAAUCAGUAAGUGUGGCCAUGAUGGUGAAAGGGAGGAUGUCACUUGAUGAGUUUCUACCUGGCACAGGAGUCCUGCUAGGAAAAAUAAAAAUGGCAGUCCUGCUUGGGAGAAAACAACAGCAAGAACAAAAGACUGUGUGUGUAAGGGGGUGGCGUACAUGCACAAGAACUGAAUUGUAUUUAAUUGUAUUUAUACUGUUCCUUUCUAAAAAAAAGUCUCAAGGCUCCUAUGGCUAUCAA